GUGGGGGGGCUGAAUACCCGCUGUGGCGGGCAGGGCCCAGCGGACCAGCAUCGUCCCCUGUGAGGCGAGCGGUGCGCCGGUGCUUCCCUUCACAACCGCAGGUGGGGGCCCGCUGCGGCGGCCCCGAGCAGGAGGGCUGCAUUUAUAUUACCCAUAUGAUUUCUAUAUUUAUAUUACUCCAUAAUUACCGCCGUUAACGCGGCGGGCGGCGCUGCCCGGGCCCGUAGGAGCGAGCGGCGGCCCCGGGCCGGUGUCCGCCCGGCCGGGCCCCGCAGCCCUCGGGGAGCCCCCGGCGCUCGGCGCGGUGGCAGCUCCCGGCACGGGAACACCUUUUGUGCCCGCUUGGAACCCGCUGUGCCCGUGUUUGAGGAACGAAGCGCAGUGUUUGUCCCCGGAGUUUGGGGAAAUUGCAGCUCCUGCCCUUGUUGGCCCAUGGGAUCUGUGUUGAAGCUCCGAGCCGGAGCUGCAGCCCUGCCACAGGUGCAGCCUCGGCCCAGCCCUGAGGGAUUCUCCUGCUAAGGCGUUUCUCACACACCUCACAUCUGGGUUCAAAACCUUACUGCAAAUGCCCAUCACACAGCUUUGCUGAAAGGUUAAAAUAUCUCUGUAGCAUUGCCUGAGACUGAUGAUACCUUUUUUCUCUCUCUUUUUCUUUUUUUUUUCCUUUUUUUUCCUUAAAAAAAAAAUUGCCUAAAGUAGUGGAAAUACUUGAAAGCUUCCUACUAAUAACAGGCCGUUUCAAUGUGGUCCUUAUUGCCUGACAUAAAGAGAAUUUCCUUUAUCACUGGCUGGCUUAAAGCUAUUGUAGUUCUCAUCUAUCAGUGUGAUUUUAUUUAUUUAUUUACUUUUGGUUUUGCGUUUUGUUCUGUUUGACCAGUGAUCCUUGGCUAGUCAAGCUUUUAUUUUUUUUUUUUAUUUUAAUUUAUUGCUGUCUCUAGUCAGUGUCCCGUUUUGGUUUGGUUGUGUGAAGGUGGUGCUGGUGUUUGGUUUGUAAUCUCGUAGGGCAGCGUGCAGGGAGGGUCAUAAAUCUGCAGCAGGGUUUGGGGGCUUUUUUUUUUUUUUUCCCUUCUUUUUUAUUUGUGUGUGUGUGUGUGUUUCUCUCUUGUUUUACUUUCAGAGCAAUAACUUAACUUUUGUCCUUGCUCUGUUGAGCAAAAGUGAAAGUUAGAUGCUGGGUGCAAACUUCUGCAAUCAGUUAUCCUUUUUAACCUUUCAUAGCUGUAGAUUCCUCCUGCAGAGGAGGCUUGGUGAAAAAUCAGUCACCUCAAAAAAUAAACCCAGAGCGAUUGAAGCUUUCUCUUCUCCGAGUAAAACAACGUAAUUAUAACAGAAACAUUUGCUCCUGCAGUCACCUCCACAAAAAGGCAGUUAAUUAAAACCUGUUACUGCCCAACCAGGGGCUUCAGCUGGGACCUCCCGUGCUCUCCAGGCUGGAUGGGGAGCAUGACACCCUCCUGUUAUUCCUGCAGAUGCUCACGGAAGACACUGAGGGAGAGGAGCAGGAGCGUUCUCGAUAGUCCUGUCUCGGCACCAUACCAGUCUAGGUUUGAAUUGUUGCCACCUUGAACACGCCGGGCUGUGUUGGAAAUCUUAAGGAAAAGAUGUAAUUUCACUUUCACCUGGUCUGUGGCAACAGGUGCAGGUUUAUGGAGGCGCUUCUGGAAUGUUCUAGCACUGAACCCCCGUUAACGGCGGGGUCUGGGCAGGCCCAGCGCCGCCACGCCAGCCCCUAGGGGGGGAAAAUACAGCCCGCUUCCUGUGCCUAAGUUUUAGUUCUGUGGGUUUUUCCCCCUUCCCCAGAACCUUUGCUCUUGAAGAUGGUGAGUAGCCAGCCUAAGUACGAUCUAAUUCGGGAGGUUGGUCGUGGCAGUUAUGGUGUGGUGUACGAAGCGGUCGUCAGGAGGACCUGUGCCCGCGUGGCCGUGAAAAAGAUCCGGUGCCACGCUCCCGAGAACGUGGAACUGGCUCUGCGUGAGUUCUGGGCCCUUAGCAGUAUCAAGAGCCAGCACCCCAACGUCAUUCACCUGGAGGAGUGCAUCUUGCAGAAAGAUGGCAUGGUGCAGAAGAUGUCCCAUGGCUCCAGCUCCUCCCUGUAUUUACAGCUUGUAGAAACCUCAUUAAAAGGAGAAAUAGCCUUUGACCCCAAAAGUGCUUAUUACCUGUGGUUUGUGAUGGAUUUCUGUGACGGAGGAGACAUGAACGAGUACCUGCUGUCCCGCAAGCCCAACCGCAGGACCAACACCAGCUUCAUGCUGCAGCUCAGCAGCGCCCUGGCCUUCCUGCACAAGAACCAGAUCAUCCAUCGGGACCUCAAACCCGACAACAUCCUCAUCUCCCAGGGCAGGGCGGACGCCAGCGACCCCGAGCCCACCCUCAAAGUGGCGGAUUUCGGGCUCAGCAAGGUGUGCUCGGCCUCGGGGCAGAACCCCGAGGAGCCGGUCAACGUCAACAAGUGUUUCCUGUCCACCGCCUGCGGCACCGACUUCUACAUGGCCCCCGAGGUGUGGGAGGGCCACUACACGGCCAAGGCCGACAUCUUCGCCCUGGGCAUCAUCAUCUGGGCCAUGCUGGAGAGGAUCACCUUCAUCGACACCGAGACCAAGAAGGAGCUGCUGGGCAGUUACGUGAAGCAGGGCACGGCCAUCGUGCCCGUGGGCGAGGCGCUGCUGGAGAACCCCAAGAUGGAGCUGCUCAUCCCCGUGAAGAAGAAGUCCAUGAACGCUCGCAUGAAGCAGCUGAUCAAGGAGAUGCUGGCGGCCAACCCGCAGGACCGGCCGGACGCCUUCGAGCUGGAGCUCAGACUGGUCAACAUCGCCUUCAAGGACAGCAGCUGGGACACGUGAGGGGCUCGGUGACAGCUGCAGGCAGAGCCCCAGCUCACCUGCAGGGGGGACUUUUCACCCAACUGGAGAUUCCCCACAGGAAUGCUGAGCUGGCCAGAGUGUGAAAUCCCAGAGUGAGACCUGAGGCUGUUCCUCGGUGUCGCUGGCAGGGGGAUGUUGAGAGAGCCAACACUACUUGAUUUCCAGCACUCUGUCACGGAGUGCCUCACACAUUCCAGUUUCCUAUGUCAGUAUUAGGAACUCUCAUGGAAAAAAAAAAAAAAAAAAGAUUUGCAUGCUGGCAGUGCAAAUCUUGAGGCUUUGUAAUGUAAUCUGUGUACAUAUUUAUGUAUAUGAGUGACUGGGAGUGUGUGGCACUUAAAUUAUUUGCUGUGGGUCUGGAUGAUUGGGGUCUGCUAGAAAUCUGGGUGAAGAAGGUGAGUGAGAAAAGCUCCUUCUUCCCCAGGCCUGAAUGACUUUAUUAUUUAUUUUUGUUAUCUAAUUUCAAAGACUUGACUUUGUAAACAAAACAAAACAAAAAAAGCAAUGCAAGGGGAUCAGCUGCUUUCAAAGUGCUAACGUGGCUGAUCUUAGCACUUAGAGCUUAAUGAGCUCAUCACUGAGGGAGUCAAAUUAAAAAUGUACAGUCAGGUGCUGGCAGGGGGCCUGGAUCAUUGAUCAUUUGAUUUUGCUUUUAUUUUUUUAAUCAAUUAAUCUGCCUUUUCUCAACAUGCUCUCUGCCCUGGUGUCCAUAGUCCCAUAGCACCUUGAGGAUUUAUCCCAGCAGAAUUCCUUGCCCUCACUUUAUGGAAACACAGAUGAGGGAAUCCAGCAGCAUAUUCUUGAAAUCCUUCAAAUUGUGGUGGCAGCACAGUUUUCCCACUGACUGGAUCCAGCUAAUAAUCCCAAUAAUCAUUGGGCCUUUCCUCCCUGGCACUGCCCCAAAGGCAGUGGGGACAGAGGUGGCCCUGUCACACCCGGUGUCAGAGCUGGGAGAAAGCUCAGUGACAGCUCUGUCAAGGGUGGCAGCCUGGCUUGAUUUUCUUUCAUUUCUCCUCUUUUUAAAGAAGUGAUGCUUAUUUAAAAGCACAGAUGGGAGGAAGGGGGGGUUUAUCCCCUGCUUAUCCCCAGCUCUGGCUGCAGAUUGAGGUUGGGAGGGGUUUCACUGAGGCCACCUGACACUGCAGGGCUGACAGCAGCUCUUUGGAGCAGCACAUUUUGUUCUUCUGGGUGCAGGACCCACCUUUUCCAUUCAGUUUGACCUUUUGGGAAAAAAGCAGAGUCUUGAAAUUGCCUUUAAAGCUACAGGAAAGGCCAGUUUUCUUUAAAAAAAUUCAAUUUAAUUAUUUCCCCCAGCCAAAUCUUGCCUGAAAAUGGCUUUAAGUAUUUCUUUGUAUAAUUUGAUUUUUUGAAUACUGUUCCCUCUUAGUGCUGGGACAGCAGUUCUGGGCACUCAGUGUUUAAUUCUUUGAGUGCAAAUAAACAAAACACGAUUUUUGUUUUUCCAAAAGCAAAGGAUUCUGAUUCCACUCAACUUGUGAGGCUUUACAGGUGGUUCUUACCUGGUGCUGUGUGAGCUGGUGGCUGUCUCUUUCAAUUCUUGUUACUUUUCUUUCACUUCAUCGUUUUAGGGAGUGAUCCUCAGACAAAAACACUUCGCUGGUGCCAACUCUGCCUCCCAGUUCUCACAUCUCAGCAGGGUGAGAAAAACUUGAAAAAAAGGGGUUUACAAUUCACAUUAAACUCGGGAGCUUUUUAAAGAUGAGGGGGUGAGCGUUCCCCUCUCUCACCCACCCAAAAUCACAAGCAGAGCAGCGCUGCUGCCCUCCGAGGUGCUCUGGGAACCUGCAGGGUUCCACUGGCACAGGGAAGUUUUGGGGUUUUUUUUGACUCCCAAAGUGUUUCUUUGCACUGAUUGCCACUUUAUAGGUUGGGGGUACCUGAAAUCCCUCUCAUGGUGCUUAUCCUCGCUGUUGGGUGACACUGCUAGUCCUCCAGCUCUGUGUUCUCUUUGAUUUUUAUAUUUUUUUUGUUGUCUGAGGUCUUUUUUUGAGAAAACAAAUCAAGCUGUUGUAGCAGCUGCGGGGUCGUUCACCAGCGUGACACGAAGUCAAGACACUUCUCAGCACUUGGGAAAGACUUUUUUUUUCCUUUUUUUCCAUGUUUUUCUUUAAAAACUGUAAAAUAUAUUUUAUGGAGAAUUUAUAAUGAGGAAAAUUAUUGUGUAAUUUAUUAAGUUCAUGACUGUUUUUGAAAUAAAAUCUUGAAUUUCCAUGAA